AUGCUCUCCGAGCUCCCAUCGGAGAUCAUAUAUCAAAUCGCGACACAUCUCCCAACUGCCAAUGCAUUAGCCCAUUUGUCCCAGACAUGUCACCGACUACAUGAUAUUGUUACAGCUGAAAAUUCUCGGAUCUUCCGAGCAUUUGUGCGAAGCAAAUUCCCAUCUAUCGAAACACCGCCGUUCUGGAAAGAUGCAGCGCAAGCUUUGACCUCCAGGUCCCGGGCAUUGGACAGGAAAUCCAUCAUCGGACGAUUUGUUGUGCCACCUGAAACUGCGACUCGAAUCGGUUCUCACGAGGUAAUUCGCCAGGACAAUCCGACUCUUGGGUAUAGACCUGCAAUUGAUUCUUACGAGAUCUGGAAUGGCCAACGUUGGGCUGAUAGGAAAGAGGUUCUUGCCUGGGGUGCUGCCAACCAGCUUGUGAUGAGGAUCAAGCAAACUGGUGCUCGCUCGCAAGAAGACUGGCUUGUGUUCAAUGAUAUUGAUCAUAUUAGCACAUAUGAUGACAUUUGUUCUCUGCAUCUUUUGUCCUCGGGGAAUCAAUACAGCAAUGAUACCAGCGUGGAGCAUCUGAUCUUUGGUCGGGUUCGAGGUGAUAUUGCUCAUCUUGUCAUCUCUCCCAAUGAAGCAACAUUUGAGUACAAGCAGAAGUUCAUUGCACAUGGACUAAGACUCGAUAAAACUGAUCUGAGCAGCGAUACCGAAUCUACUUUGGCUGCUCAUUUUGAAAAUGGAUCCAUCGCUUUCUACCAUACCGAGACCGACAAAGAAGAAAUAGAGCCAUUCACAUGGCUUAUCCCGGAAGGCUCCUCGCGAAACAACUACUCGAAGCUGCUAUCCUCGUCGCUGGUAGCAGUCGGAACCGGAAAUGUAGAAAACUCCUUGUCCAUCUCGAAAAUCACCCCAGACGGCGUUUCUGCAUAUCGACAAAUCGGAAUCGGCUCUUUAGACACCAACUCCACAAACCUCAAUUCCAAUGUCAAUAUCGGUGCCAUUGAAUCCCUCAAUAAGCAUAACUUCGCAGGCUCCCCGGGCGAAGUCUUCCUAACCGCCUGGGACGACCACACCGUCCGACUCCACGAUCUGCGCUCUCCAAGUCCCUUCGAAGUCUCCUACAAAGAUGCCACAGACUUCAACCCAAUCUACAGCCUCCACGGAUUCGGCCACGACCACUUCCUAGCCGGAGCCGGCGGCGAAGCCGUAGUAAAAAUCUUCGAUCUGCGCAUGUGCAACACCUACAGUUACCUCGACGCCCAAGUACCCGCCUCGCAAUCACAGAGCACGCAAACGACAAGGAAUACCAAAGCCAACACCAACCUCAGAACAAACGCAAAACCCCGUCCUAAAAGGGGCUUUUCCAUGUUCCUUUCCUACCCACCACCCAAAAUAUUCCCCCAACAAACCCCACCCCCAACCCGCACCCGCCAAAGAGGUCCCUACCGAGGCCCCAUCUACACAAUGUCCUCGCCCUCGCCUUCCUCACCAACCGUCUACACAGGUAUCGUGGAUGGGGUCGUCCGGCUUGAUUUUGCGUCUACGGAUGACCUAACCGGUCCGCAAAAAGAGUGGUACGAAUAUAAUCUGGACCUAGGCGUGAAUACGGGUUCCGGGGAUUUACCACGCUGGAACGCCGAGGCGUUCAAUCUGGCUGGGUAUGAGCGUCCGGAUGAGGAUGACUUCGCUACUAUUUCUAAGCUGAGGAGUCAGCGCACGUUUGCGGAUCUUGGGCCUGGGGAUGUGGAAGAGACACAUACGGGUUGGGAUUAUAGGUGGGAGAGCUUGGAGGAGCCUGGGGCUUGGAGGAGAAGGGAUGGGUAG